AGGGCGCACGGCCAGCCAGCGCCGGGUGCCGGCGUCGGGCGCCGCAGAGCCGGGAGGGGCGCCGCGCCCGCCGCAGCCUGCAGCCUUCCCGGGAGCUGGGGGCGCCCAUGACGGCGGCGGCGACGGUGCUCCGGGAGGGCGUGCUGGAGAAGCGCAGCGGCGGGCUGCUGCAGCUCUGGAAGCGGAAGCGCUGCGUGCUCACCGAGCGCGGGCUGCAGCUCUUCGAGCCCAAGGGCACGGGCGGCCGGCCCAAGGAGCUCAGCUUCGCGCGCAUCAAGGCCGUGGAAUGCGUGGAGAGCACCGGGCGCCACAUCUACUUCACGCUGGUGACCGAGGGCGGCGGCGAGAUCGACUUCCGCUGCCCUCUCGAGGAUCCUGGCUGGAAUGCCCAGAUCACCCUGGGCCUGGUCAAGUUCAAGAACCAGCAGGCCAUCCAGACCGUGCGCGCCCGGCAGAGCCUCGGGGCCGGGACCCUCGUGUCCUGAACCGUCAGGCUUACCGUCUGACCUGCGUGCUCCCCACCGACGCGACGCCCUGAGGUCAUGUCAGCUUCCUUGCCCUUUUGGACUCAUGGGGCACGACUGUGCUCCCUUGGGCAAGGCUGAGCCAUGGACGUGCAGAGGAGGCAUUGGAGCUGAAGGAACGGAUGGGCCCGGGAGGAGAGCAGAAGGCCACGCAGGGCUGAGGAUGAAGCUUCAGCCCUUGGACGCUCAGACUCUCAGGACGUACAUGACUCAUACAUCAUGAUGAGAGCUGGCAGCAAAGCCCCCUCCCCGGUGGCCCUGCCACUGCUCUGCAGACUGCUGUUAGUGCCCAGCUCAGUGCCGAGCCCGGGGGAGGGUAGUGCCCCCGGGGUGCUAAGCCAAAGCCUUGGGACUCAGGAGGCCGGCCUGCUACCAGACAAGAAACUGCUUUGGGAUCUCCUCUGGACUCACCUUGGCUGGGGGGCUGAUGGGCUUGAGGCCCACCUUUGGGGGUCUCCUGCUGCUUAGGUCCUUUUGGGACCUCCACCCAUCUGGGCCCUCUCUUUGCACAGUUCUUCUCCCCUGCCCGUCUUCCCCCCCCUGUGGUACUGGGCCUGGAGGGGGUGGGGGUGGGGUAGGGGUUUGGCCAUUAGCAUUUCAUGCCCAUCCCCAAAUGAAGAUGCCCUUCCCAGAGCAGUGACUACACUGUUUGCUGAGUAAAAUUCUUUGCCCACAAAGACCCUGUGCUUGAAGCGUCUCUCUCCCCACCCCCACUUUCCCCAUCAAUCCACAGCCCAUUCUGAAGUCUCCAGCCUGGGUAGUAGGGGAGACACUGCAGCUCCAAUAGUCAUGGCCUCUGUGGUCCUAGGAAGAGGGACCACGAGGCCUGGAUUGCAAGAUGUUACACCUGCCAACUCAGUCUCAACAGAGGCCUCUUCUCCAGGAGGAUGCCUGCCCCUGGUCUCCUGGGAGGUGGCUCAUCUCCCUGUCAUUUACACACUUGGGCUUUUUACAUCUGUACAGUCAGGCUUCCUUACUGGCUGGCUUAAAGGAAUAAUUCCAGCAUGGAGGAAACAGGCACAGAGAAGUAGCUGUCCUACACACAGAAACUGUUAAUCCGGUAACCCCAAGACCCUUCCGUGUCCACCUGAGCCUGGCCUUCUCUGUUGCAAAGCAGUGGCCUGCUUCCGAGUCUGGAAGGAGCAAGGGGGCUGAGUGGCCCCUUCAACAAUUUGAAGUCUCUUUAAUAACUUUUUUGUGUUUUGUUUCCUGUUAAAUUUCUUCUACUGUCCCAUCCAAACCUCUCUGUCCUAUGUCUCAGAUGUCAGAGCCCUCAGGAGCAUCUUGCUCGUUUGGUUAUAAACUACAUCUCACAAUUGAAUAAGAAUUUACAAAUUGCAAAGCAAUUUUUACAAAUACCUCAUUUAUUAUCAUUAGGCUGUACACUCAGCCCGUGAUAGCUUCACCUAGCAUGGCAGAUAAGCAUCCUCUUCCUUCCAACCCUGAUCAGUGCUGAGAAAGAUCUGGGCUCGACUAGGGUGUUGUGACCAAUUGGUGAUGUGUGCACGGGCUCUGGGAGGCAGGCGGGGAGCCUGGUGGCACUGACUUAGGUGGGAGGUGAGGGGU